CUUCAUCAACAAUCUAUCGAUCAAUCUUCCUUUUUCCUGUGAACAGUGUUCCGGUCCGAUCGGCUCACGGAGAAGAAAAAUGUCGUUCUUAAGCUCUAUCCAUUUCAUCUCUUUGGCACUUUUCAUUGUGAUAAGUGGUGCUAUGUCAGAGAGUACCUUACGUCUCGUAAACGUGCUCUAUCGUCAUGGUGAUCGUUCUCCAGCUGAAACUUUCCCCAAUGACCCUUAUCAGGAGAAUAGCUGGCCUCAAGGAUGGGGUCAACUUUCUAAGCUUGGGAUGCAGAUGCAGUAUGGUUUAGGCCAGUUCUUAGGGAAGAUGUACCAAGAAUCUGGCUUCCUAAACACCAACUACACCCGGCCUGAGAUCAACGUCCGCAGCACCGACGUGGAUCGCUGUCUGAUGUCGGCAGAGAGUAAUCUAGCGGGGCUGUACCCACCACUGGCAGAGAUGCGGUUUAAUCCGAAUAUAUCCUGGCAACCCAUCCCAGUGCAUACCAUUCCAAAAGAGGAUGAUUAUUUAUUGCGUGCUGAUGGCACGCCAUGUCCGUACUAUGAUGAGCUGUAUGCUAAAGAAUUAGAGGAUGAUCGUGUGAAGGAAAUCAACACGGAAAACAAGGAUUUCUUUGAGAUGCUAAAGAAUAAUACUGGUGUCACAUAUGAUGUCACUCUGAGCACUGUCUACAAAAUAGAGGAUCCCCUUUUCUGUGAGCAAGCUCAUGGUCGAACUCUCCCAACGUGGGCAACAGAUGAGGUCUUGCUUAAGCUGGAGAAUUUGACAAAUAUCGGCAUGGCAAUGCUUUUUGGCACAAAGGAACUUGCCAGACUCAAAGGAGGUCCUCUGGUUGGAAAGAUGAUCGCCGACAUGGAAGAGAAAAGUAAAAAUGUGACUGGUAUCCCUGCCAAGUUCUACAUGUAUUCAGCUCAUGAUACAACGCUGGCCGCCUUCAUGUCUGCAUUGGGCGUGUACAACGGGAAACAGUCUCCGUACGCAUCGGCAGUGGGAGUGGAAUUGUGGGAAGAUGAAGAUACCAAGUCAUUCAACAUCAGUAUGUGGUUUAGGAAUUCCACAGACCAGAAGGUACCGUUCACACUUCAAUUAAAGGGCUGUUCCGAUAUGUGUGGGCUAGAGCGUUUCAAAGAGCUCCUAAAAGACGUGGUACCUUUGAACGUGGAAGCUGAGUGUGGAGCAACAUAUAAAAAGAACUACACAAUACCUAUCUUGAUUGGAACAUCCAUCAUUGCCCUGAUCCUUCUGCUUAUUUUCCUUUUCCUGAUAUGCAAAGGAAGGCAGCAGGAAACGAAAGAAGGGCACAGACGCCUUCAGCAGGACGUUGAGGCGUAGCAACCGUCCGCUACCGCCCAAUAUUGUCCUGAAAUGUUGUCAAAUUGACCAAGAUCAAACAAAGAUGGUGAAUUGACCACCAAUGUUGAUUGACCAUUUGACCAAGUAGAGACAUAGCAAUAAUCCGCUACUGCCCAACAAUGCCCUGGAAUUCUAUUUUAUUGACCAAUUGACUAAGGUCAGUGUUGGUCAGUUGACUAUCAGUACUUGAUCAAGGUCAAAGUAUAUUUUCAUAACAUAGGUAAAAAAAAAUGGUCGAAGGUCAAAAUCAUUUCCAUUAAAACAGAUAACAACAUUGUCCUAAAAUGUUGCACAAUAUUGUUUAUAGACCAGCUUAUGUCCUUUUGGUGUCACACUUGUUUAUCAACAAUGCUCAUGCUUCAAAUAAUCAUAUUUUUUUCAAAUUCUGUUUGUAUUAUUACAAAUUAAAGUAAAUUACAAAAUUUACAAAUGAUUAUUAAGUGAUUGCAAAUCACAUAAACUCAUAUAAUCUGCUUAUAAUACAAUACAUUCACUUGAAAAACAUAAAAUUCUUUAUUGUUCUUAGAACUAUUAUCAAUCAUAUAUCAAAGUUAUUGUACUUUAAAAGUUGUCUAUAUUCCCUCUAGUACAUCUUGAUGGUGUAUCUACUGAUUAUUCAAUCAUUGCUUACAAGUUUGGACCCAAUGAUCGGUGGAAUUUGCAAUAAAAAUGUACGCUUUUGAUAUUGUAUAUAAUAUA